AGAUCUGCCUUUAGGUGAAGAAUUCUAUAAAAUGAGUCAGUAAAACUCGAGAGAAGUUAUCAGAGCUUCACACACCUGCUGAGAACAUGAUGAUGAGUCGUGUGUUUCUGGUCCUGGGCUUCGUCCUGAUCAUGGCGCUCUACUCAGACUCUCAGCCUGAGGCCCUAAACUCUGAGAUCUGCUGUUUCGAAUUCUUCACUGGCAAAAUUCCUGCCAAAAACAUCCUGAAUGUUAAAAAGACAGGAUCACACUGUCCACAGCAAGGCUUUGUCGUUACUACUGUUAAUUCCCCCGGUCUGUGUGUUCGUGAUGUCAGCGUCGAAGGACAAAAAACUUAAUGCUGCAAAUGAGAUGCAACACACACACACACACAUACACACACUUGCUUCAUAAAGUUCAAGCUUUAGCCAUUUUCUGACCAUUUUUAACAAUGCUUAAUGAUAAUAUUGUUGGUUAAUGAAGUGCAGAUUCAAAUAAAGUUAUCAUUUGCACCACUGAGUGAACUGCAUGAUUUAUUAACAGAAACAUUACUGUGAUCACAGUGGCGGACCGUCAGGGCCAGCAAGGCCUUCUCUGCUGGCCUAAACAGCAGUGAUCUAAAUCACUGACUUGCAUUUUAAUAUACAGUAUUUAAUAUAUUUUUGCAUGAAUGUGUAUUUAAUUAUUCCCAAUAGUCUAUUCUCUACAUUUCAUAACUUUUCUCUCAGUUGCGCUGCUUCCAGUAGUGUAUAUUUAUGAUAAGAGUAUUUAUCCAAUCAUAUUUCAGACAGUGGCUGACAUCAUGUUUUGCCCGGCCGUAAGGCCUUCAGAAUCAAUAGUGCAGGCGCCGGUAGCUUAAAAUAAGUGGCAAUGAAAUUGUUACCUUAACCAAUUAGAUUUCGAGUUGGCAUCACAGGGGCCAUCUAUCAGGCAUACGAUUACGUCAGCAAUUUCCCGUCCUUUGGAUAACUGGAGUAGUCAGAGGCAGUGACCCGCCCAUAUACAUUAUUUCUAUAUUCGCUGCAUCUCAUUUCGGGUGCUGUGUCCUCCAGAGAUUGCAGUUGAUGUGUGUCUGUGUGUUUGAACUUGCUUCAUAAAGUUCAAGCUUUAGCCAUUUACUGACCAUUUUUAACAAUGCUUAAUGAUGUUAUUG